ACUCCUAUGAUCUUGCACUCUGCACACUAAAUAGCAAUGGCAUCGGUGCUGUUGUCGGCGCUUUGGAUUGUUCACCAUUAAGCAAUAAUAUGCAUCAUCAUACGACAACGACAACUGGUGGUGUAAAUGGUGCACCCGGUGUUGUUAGUAAUGUUGCAUAUCAACACCACAUGAACUUAAAUCAUCACCAUAUAUUAAACCACCAUUCACCGUACAGCAAUAACUAUCCACUUCAUCAUAGCAGCAGUCAUCAUAUACACAGCGAUCAGACGAAAUCGCUGCAAGAACUGCAACAUGAGGUCGGUGCACUACUCGAGUUUCGAGAUCUUGUCAUUGAAACGUUUCCUGAUCUUAAACAUAAAAUGGCCUCAAUGUCUUCGUCUGCAUCUGCAGCGGUUGCUGGUUCAACAACACCGUCAGUAUCAGCGACAAACACACUAACAGGUGUUAUGUCCAAUUCAUCACUAGCUUCCAGACGUGAAUGGGAACCUGGUAUACGUGUAAAACGUAAAUUAGCGCAAAAGGAACCGUCCUCGUCAACUUCGACUGCAGCAGUUGCGGUAAGCACAAACGGUGCUGUUGUAGCUGGUGAAUUGUCCUCCUCAUCACUAACGCGUAGUCGCAGCAAUUCACAUAGCGGUAAAAAAGAGCCAAAGAGCGGUGAGAACAAUAACGGUAGUGUUGUGCAAGAUUCAGGAUUUUCAACAGAGACUAGUUCAUCAAAGGAGGGUCAUAGUGCCUCCUCAACUAAUGGUGCUAUGACUGGUCCCAUAGCAUCAAAUCGUCUAUUAUGCCUUGAGUCGGAUGAUGAGUUGUUAAAUUUAUUAGAUGUAAUACAUCGGAAAUCAAAUAGAUUACGCGAAGAGGUCGAACACUUACAGAACUAUGAGAGAAAUAAUCUGCGUGGUGGUGUCUCUAAUAACGGUGAAGAUAAUUGUGCUAAUGCUCUGACAAAGUCAAAUAGUGGCAGUAGCGCUAUAAGUGGUUUGACGCCCAAAACUUUUCGUGAUCAUGUAGAACGUUUAAAUAAGGAAGACAUUAAACAGUUGCGAAAGGAACGCGAUAGACUUUUAGAUAAGUUAGCUGAAAUGGAAGCGGAAACUUUAACUGGUCGCAUUAAAGCAACUAAAAUGAAUGAUCAAAUGACAGAGCUGAUAACAGUUAAAAAGGAUCUCGAAGAGCAACUAAAGCUUGCAAUGGCACAAAAAUUGGAGCUUAGCUCACGUGUGCAACAAUUGCAAUUACAACAACAGCAACAACAAAGUAAAAGUUCAUCAAGUCAAUCAGAUUACUCGAGUCAACGUAACUUUUUAUCCUCGGCCACGACGGUGCUUUCAACCGGUAGUGGCGCAUCUCAUAAUGAAAAUCUUGCGGCGGCAGCAGCAACAACAGUUCCUUUACAACAAAAUCGUCGUUUAAAUACAUUCCAACCGGUGGUGGUCGAACAGCAGCAACAAAAAAGUGACAAUUAUUUAGCAUUCCAUCGAAGCGCAGGCAGUGAUAGUAAAGAAUCGCCAGUAGCAGUAACAGCAAAUACACUCGGUCGAUUGGAUGGCAUUGUGAGCACACCCAGUGCUAAAAACACAAAAUGUCGCGUGACUGACUCUAAACGUUUUGCGGCAAUUUUAAUGGAAAAUAGUGUAGUUGAGCUGCAACGACAUUUGUUAACAUUGACUGUGCAAAAUCAGGUUUUAAUGCAAAAACUCGAUCAAGCAACAAAAUCUAAAACUCAUAUAGCCAAAAGACUGGACAAAUCAAAAGAAGAUGUUGAAGAUUUACGUUUUCAGCUUGAGGAGAAAAAUAUCGAACUGGAAGGUACUAAAGCACAAUUGCGUGUGCUGGAGUCACGUAUGCAUUCAUCAACACCAAAUAGUGGAGCUACAACAAAUUCAUAUAUGCAUUCACAAAACGAUUAUGAAACAAAUCGUUCAUCUGCUUCGACAACACUAAUGAUAAGUAGACGCGCUGGUUAUGGUAUCGAUUUGAAUAGCAGCGAUAUGCGUUCAGGUACACCAAUAUCGCAAAAUGGUCAUAUGCCACAACCAACUGCAACACAAAUUUCUACGCCGAGCAUGAAAGCUAUGGUACACCUUGCUUUGGAUGAUAUACAACAACAUAGUAGCAGUACUGAAUCGGCACAUGAUCAUGAAUUGCAGCAGGAUUCUCCGCAAACUAUAAACAGUAAAUUAAUGAGUACUAGUGUUGGUGGUGUAAGCCCAUUUGAACAACACUAUUCAGCGCGCGGCUAUCAAGCAGUAAAAAAGUUUACAACUGCAGCUAGUAAACCAAGUAAAAUACCAUUACCGGGCAGUAAAUCUGGCUCUUACUUUGCAGGUAAUUAA